GGAAGGAACCGGAACCAACCACACACAACUUUAUAUCCCAAAACAAUAUGGCUACUCAUCUGGAUUCAAAGGUUAAAUGUGAUAUCAUGAUCAGCUACAAUAAAAUGGACCUGGAGUUUACAUGCAAAUUGGCAGAGAAGUUCCAGGAGCAGGGCUGGAUUGUCUGGUUUGCUGAUCCCAAGAUGGAACAUCGUCUGAUGCUCAACCAGAAAGGGGAGGCCAUCCUGUCGUGCAAAGUGUUUGUGACCGUAAUCACAGACGUGUCGGCAAAAGAUGUUCAGUGCCAGGACGAAUUGGCGCUAGCGUACAUUUCCAACUCUUCCAUAUUUCCCGUCAGUCUGAAGAAAUACAGAGAUAUAAGUCCGUCGCUGGACGGUGGAAUGAAGCUGAUGCUUGCGAAGAUAAACUGGACAUUUUUUUUCAAAGAGGAACUGUUUGUAGAGAAUAUGCCUGCCUUACUAGCUGCCAUGGGAAAAGAAAUAAUGGAGAAAACAGAGGAUAAUACAAAUACAUCCGGGCCCCCAAAUGACAGUAAUACAAUCCUUUUUCAUGGGAUGAAUAUAAAUGUCAAUGACAACUGGAAUGCAGACUCGGAAGAUGAGAGUGAGGAGGAGACGUCUAGGCCCCAGUCAGGUCGGGCUCAGAAGUCCGAGGGCACCUCCCUCAGCUAUGACUUCUGGGACAGGGUCUUCGCAGAGAAGAGCGAAGUGACCUGGGUGGACUUUAAGAAGAAGUUUGAGGUGGAGUACAAAGAUAAGAUAAUUAAGACGUACACAGAAGAGGAGUUCAAGCUGUUUGUGAACCUGAUCUACAAGGACAUUUUUAUGCUGAACAAGUCGAUGAAGAGGACCUCAUAUGACCAGUUUUGUGAAGGGAACCCUAACGCUGACCCUCAUCGCUUCUACCACCGCUUGGCCCAGUACGCCAAGGGAUACCAUGCCAUGAGGGAGGUGUUCAAUAUGGAUAGCACCCUUAGACUCAUCACUAUUCAGAAACUAGGAGAGUUUUGUUUCCCAGCAGUUAUCAAUGGGCUGACAGACAUGUUGAAAGAUGAGGACCCAAAUAUCCGAGCCAUUGCUACCAUAGCUUUGGCCAAGUCAGGUCGGGCUCAGAAGAUGACGGUGGAGAAGAUUAUUGGGAUGCUGGAGGAUGAUGACCGGUUGGUCCGGGAGAGUGGCUGCCUUGCCCUGGGAUACCUCAAGGCAGGUGGGAAGAGCGAGCUAGCUGUGGCUGACCGCUGGAGGAAUGAUCCCAUUAAAUCUGUGAGGGAGGCAGCAGAGUUAGCGCUCAAAAGGAUGGGAGGGGACCUGGCCAAGAAAUGUAUCCACAUUACUGACGUUCUGUCGGGGGAGAUGCAGUUUCUAAAGACCCCUAUAUCAUAGAUAGAACAAACUGAGUGAUAUCACAGUUACAGUAGCAUAGCCAUAGCAAAUAGAGACUGAUGUCAAAGGAACCUAGAGAGUACUUGCUGAUACCAUACUCCCAGCAUAACCCUGGGGAGUAAAAACUGUGAAAAGAGGAACCACAACCUAAUACUGUGGUUUCAUUAACAUUGAUGGGUGUCAAAGUAUGAAGAAGGUUGUGAGAUGCCUGGUCAAAGAUCCUGUCAAUAUAAAAUUUUAUGUUAGAAAUUGUACAUUUGUGAAUUUUUAAGAGGGCUCAAUAGUCGUGUGGGCAUUUGGAGACUAUUUUGAUCUCCUUAAGAUGGAGAGCACUGAGCCAUGUAUGAAGAUAGUGGGAAAUAUUCAACUUUAAACGCUUGUUUAUUUGGAUUUUUUUUUCUUUAUUGAAUAAUAGUUUUUAGCUACAAAGUUCAUAUAUAAAAUUUAAAGUAAAUCUAAAGGGUAAUUUUUAAAUCAUCAAGCCUUGAUAUUUUCAUGGAUCAACUUGACAACAAAAUCCAUGAAAAUUGGUAUUCAGUGAACACUGAUGAAAACACAAUAUGACACUGGCUGUGUUGAACUAUACUCACUUUCAAUCUGAUAUUUAAUUCAACAGGAAUCAUUCUCCUUAAACUGCUAUACACCUUUGCAGCUAUGACAUUACCUGGAGAUUUAAGUAUUUUAUUUUUCUGAGAAAAUGAUGUUUCCUGUAAAUAAUCCCUAAUCAUAACCGCAUCAGCUGUGACAUAUAUCAGUUUUCUAAAAAAAGAUAUAAUAACUGUAGUCAUAAUUGCAUUUUUUUAGGCCAAUGGGAUGAUAUACAAUAUAUCUACCCAAGAAGUAGAGCAGUUAUACUUCCAAUUGUUAACUUGCAAUUGCUGGACAGGAACAAAUAUGAAUGAAUGAUGUUGACUCAAAAAAUUGAUCUGAAACUUUAUAACAAACAAAAAAAUAUUUGUCAUCUCUUAAAAUAUUUGUUUAAGUCUUCUGUAGAAACAACUGACCAAUAUCAAUCUUGUCACAAAACAUUCUUAAAGGAAGAAUUGUUUUUUCAAGAAUUUCAUGCUGGUAUAUACAUGUAUUGUGAUGCCUGACUGUGAUAGAAUUCAAUGAAUAAUAUUUCACUGUUCCUUUGUCCCAUAAUCUGACAUUAUACAAUGUACGCAUUUUAUCAAUAUUUGAACCUUUAAGACUUUAUUCCCUUCAUAAUACUGUUACCAAGCAAUACUGAGCUUUGUUAUGUGUAUAUCAUUAUGUAUACUUGUGAUCACCAUGUUAUAUGUCUUUACAAAGUUAGUCCUCUGUCAAUUAUUGCACCUUAAGGGAGCUGGAUGGUCGUGGCCAUUUUUUGACUGUAUUUAUCUCCUGUUGAAGAAGAGCUUUGUAUAAAAAUGUAGAAAAUUAUGCAACUCUUAAAGCUGAAAUACUAGAAUUUUUCUUUACUAAAUAAAAGUUUAGGGCUAUAGAAAUUAUCUCUAAAAUUUUAAUGUAUAUCUGAUUGUUAAAUUGUUGACCAUCCAGUCCCUAUAAAUGAGUUUCACACACCUCAGUUCAUCAGAGGCAUCGUGUCUUGAGAUGGACAGCAAAAGUCAGCUCGUGGUUCUAAGGGCCAAAAUCAGCCCUAAAAUUCAAUAAUUUUAAAGUAAUGUAUUGAAAUGUAUAGAAACAUGACCCCGGUGUUUUUGAGAAUUGGAUUUCUACAGCACAUAACCCCAAAAAUAUGAUUCUUUUUUGAGAUGGGGCCGAUUUUGGCCCUAAGAGAUGCUAGCUCUUUAUAGACGUGUAAUUGGUUCCUUUCAAAAUUCCAAAGCUUGAUUUAAUGAAUCCUUUAUUGUGAUAAUUUGCAGAUAACUGUUACAUAUCAAGUAAAGAAAUUACAUAAUAUGUGUACAUAAUUUACAGACUAAAUGUAUCUUGCUUUUGAAUGUCUUGUUUGAAAUUUACAGUGUAUCUGUAAUUAGCAGUUCAUCUUGUUAAAGAAUAUUCUCUAGAAGUUUUCAGUAUGUCCUGUAAAUAGUAUAUACUGUAUAUGAAUAUCCUUUAUAUGAUUUACAGUAUGCCCUGUAAGCAAUUUACAGUAAAUGUUUACAAUAUUUGACAUGUGAUGAAUUAUUGAUCUCUUUAUACAAGUACUCAUUUCUCCAUUGUUGUUAUAGUGUUUUUUUAUUUAUUACUUCAAGAAAAAUUAUUAUAAGUGUACAAUGUAAUAUAUCUUUGUUUUUUUGUUUUUGUUAUAUAUCAUUCUUUUUAUCCAUUUGAUAAAUAAAUCUUUCAUUUGAAAUGGUUAUAUGCUCAUGUAAAUACAUUAAAUAAUGUUUUCAAA